CCGUGGUCAAUCGGAAUCACCCCGGUAAAACACAUCUUGCAGUGUCUUCAUAUAUCAUAUUUUUAAAGUCCUUUUAAAACCUACGAAAACCCAGGACAAUAUAUUUCAUCCGUGCAUAUGCAGAAGCAUUAUAGAAAACCAAACUUUUCGGAUUCAACCCAAGAGUAGAGAAAUGAUAUCGUCUUUGCUACUACUCUUUUAAAUGCAGCCAUUAUGGAUAAAACUAUUACAGAUCAAAAUAAGAAAGUGUCAGAGGACUUAAAUAUAUGUAAUACACAGUUUGAUUCAAUGUCAGAAGCCUCUGAUAUAAACAGUGUUAUUGAGUUAACAGACAAUGAAGAGAGUUCUAUAUUUCGAUGCGUUUGUGCUUCUUUUAUUACGAACAUAUGAGGAGAUGGAAGAAAAGUUCACUAAUGGGAAAUGUUCCCAUAAGAAAUGUUGGGAAUUAAUUUCUGAAGUAUCGAAGAAAAAGGGAUACAAUGUUACAGGAUGUCAAUGUGCCUCAAAAUUUAGAAGUUUGAAAAAGACCUAUAAAUCGAUUAAAGAUCAUAAUUCUAAAUCAGGAAAUAAUCGACGAACAUGGCAGCAUUUUGAGAUUAAGGAUAACAUGUUCUCGAAAAAAGCCUGGUGUACCAUAGACCAGUAGCACUUACUUCAUCUACUGAUUAAUUAAUUAAAAAUAUUGAUGCAGAAGAAUGUUCUCCAACUUGCUCAAAUUUUUCUGAAGAUGAUUCUCGGCCUGACAAGGAAAAUAAUAUUCCUAAAAAGAAUAUAAAAACCAAGAGAUCAAUAACAAAUUUUUUUGAAGAGAGAUUGACACAAAAACAGGAACAUGAACAUAAAAAACAG